AUGGGUCGAAGAAAGAUCGAGAUCAAGGCGAUCAAAGAUGAUCGCAACCGUUCAGUUACUUUUCUUAAACGGAAGGGUGGUCUCUUCAAGAAGGCACACGAACUUGCUGUCCUAUGUUCGGUAGAUGUCGCCGUCAUCAUUUUUGGCCACAACAAGAAGCUCUACGAAUUCUCAUCAUGUGAUAUGCGUGAAACGCUACAUCGAUAUCAAUAUCUCGGUCCGCCGCAUGAGCAUAAGGGUCCCGAGGAUUUCAACGGCAGGCGAGACGAUGAUGACGAUGACGAUGAAGAUGGAAUGACACCGGCCCCCGAGGAUAUGCAUCCUACACCUCCCCAGAAUGCUCCUGCGAUGAUCCCAGCGCAUAUCCAAGGCCAUCCGGGCUUCCAACACGUCAAUCAUGCACCAUCGGCCUCCCCCCCAAUUGCCAAUGGCAUCCCUUUCAACCCCCGCCAUGGCACGCCUCAGCCGCAGGGAGUCUCGAGGCCUUCGUCUAGGAAUCAUCUUCGCCGAGUAAGCUCGAGUAUGGGCAAUCAGUCUCACCAUGCCACUCCUCCACCCCCACCGCCGUCUCAGAAUGGUUUCGCCUACAUGCCCAAUCCUUCCGUGUACAAUCCAAACCUCAGCCAGCAGUCUCAGCGAUCCGGCCAGUUUGCACAUUACGGCCAUCCUCCCGGACCGCAACACCCACAUCCACCGCCCCCUCAGCACCAGCAGAUGCCUCCGCAUUCCUUGCCGCCACACUCGAUGCCUCCGCAAUCCAUUGCCUCACACCAUCAUACCCCCCCGCCGCACAUCCAACAUCAACAUCCUCAUCUCAUGGCACCGCAAGCGCCUCCCAUGGGUCUUUCACAAGCCCCCCACGCCCCAGUAUCGCAUGUUGCCCAAGCGUACUUGCCGGAGCAAGGGAGGAACUCGAUGCCUCCAACCUUCGCAUCGGAGCCACAGCAACCGCCACCACGAACGGUAUCGCUACCGGAAGCGCCCCUAGCCGAUCAAAUUCCGGGGCCCGUAAAAGCGGAGGGUACUCCAUCCCCACCGCACCAGCGGUCGCUGUCGUCCAAGUCCCGCAGUAUCUUUACGCCGAUCGAUGAUCGUGGUUCUGUUUUAGCCCGCCACUUUGGAGUCGGCCCGCCAACGUCACCAAACUCCCAGCUCAAAGCUGAAGGGUCGCAGGGAGAAUUAACCGAAACAAAGCCCGUGAGCCAUCCGGUUGUACCGCCGCCGCCUCCCGCUGCAACAGAAACUCCGUCGGCCACCAAGCUUAAACCACCUAUACGAACGAAUAGUGGCCAAUUGCCGAAGCGCCCCCAGCUGAAAGUGCAAAUCCCAAGCGAGAACUCCGAUCACGGCAGUGCUACGGCGGAAUCGUCGUCGCGCGACUCAGCGGGGAAUAAGACCCUGACUCCUGCUAAAGCGAACGCUGACGCCGGCCAUCCUGGAGUGGUUUUACCUCCACCGUCACCGUCGGCCAGCGCAAUCCUCAGCGCGGGGGCUCAAGGGCCUCCAAAUCCGUUUGCGAGACCACCACCCCCAGGUGCAACUGCACAGAACAAUAAUGCGUAUAGCAGUAAUAACAGUAUAGAGACUCCCAUGUCCGCCCUCCCUAGCCGCUUUGUCUCCGAUGCUCUCCUCCCCUCGCCGUCCAGCUUCUUCCCCGAAUGGGGCUUUGGCCGUUCUGGUCCGGACAGUAAUAUGCUCCCCAGCCCUCUCACAUUCCCGACUCCAGCGGUGCAGACGGGGCCUGGCUUUGCGCGAGACGACGAGCAAGACAAAAAACGCAAGAGCCCCGAUAGUGGAACCAAUACCGACGGAACCAUGAAGAAAGCAAAGACGUGA